AUGGACCGCGCAUUGAAGGGGUUGGAUAAGCUGACAAUCGCAGCAGAGGCGCACACCCGCCGGUGGUCCCAGCAGUUGCUUCCGGACCUUCUCGCCCUGCUCUCCUCGGCCUCUGCCAUUCUUGAUAGACUCCCUUUUUUCCAUAAUCUCCCUCUGCUCCCUCUCCUCCCUCUGCCCUGCUCCUCCUCCCUCUGCUCCCUCUGCCCCCUCGCACCCUCGCUUCCUCCCUUCCUUGUCCUUUUCCUCCUCCUCACACCCUCGCUUCCUCCAUUCCUUGUCCUUUUCCCCCUCUCCCCUCUCCCCUACCCUCCUCCCCUUCCAGGCAUCAUCGUGUACAGCCCUCUGCGUGCGCACAUCACCCGCCCCGGCAUGAAAGUGGGCGUCAUCGGCAUUGGCGGGCUGGGCCAUCUCGCUUUACAGAUCGUGCGGGCCAUGGGGGCACACGUGACUGCCUUCUCCACCUCGCCCAGCAAGGAGGAGGAGGCCAAGAGAAUGGGCGCGCAGCAGUUUGUGGUGUAUGACGCCCAGGCUGCGCCAGGAAAGGGACAUCCGGAGGUGCCCAAGAGCGCGCACGUGGAUGUGCUGGUGAACUGCGCGCCUGUGCUGCCUCCUCAAGGCGAUUACAGGAACUUCAUGAGCCUCCUGAGGCCCGAUGGCACACUUGUCCUGACCGGGAUUCCACCAGAUGCUGUCGGGCCGGUGGGCCUGCUGGAUCUGAUUUUCAGGCAGAAAAAACUUGCAGGAUCGGUGGUGGGCGGGCGGAUGCUGUUGAAAGAAAUGUUUGACUUCUGCGCUACUAACAGCAUCAAGCCCGUGACUGUGGUGAGUGUGACUGUGGCGAGUGUGACUGUGGUGAGUGUGACUAUGACGAGUAUGAUUGUGGCUAAUGUUAUUGUGGUGUUCAAGGGUGUGGGGGGGAGAGUGUUGGUGGGUGUGAGUAGCAUUGUUCAUAUGAACAGAGCUGCUUGCGCAGGUAUGGUGAUUUUUGUGCACAUCACAACCUGGUUAUCACCUUGCCAUAACCUGGUUACCACCCUCUCACCUCCCUUCACAACCCUCUCACCUCCCUUCACAGCCCUCUCACCUCCCUUCACAACCCUCUCACCUCCCUUCACAACCCUCUCAACUCCCUUCACAACCCUCUCACCUCCCUUUACCACCCUGUAUCACUUACAGACGCGCCCGCUGUUGCAGCUGAACAAGGCUAUGGAUGAGGUGGAAGCUAUUCCUCGCUCACAAACUCACCAUCCCUCCCAUCAUUGCCUCUCACCUACCUUUCAUCUCUCUCCCUCUCCCCUCCCUCUUACCACUUGUUACAGACGCGUCCAUUGUCGCAGCUGA